GUUUGAGUCGAUGGCCACGGGAAGCGCAGCUGCAUGAACGAUCUCGCCGAAACCGCAUCCGUGUUUUCUUCAUCCGCGAUUUUCCCCCUGCGAGCGCCGCGCACGGAAACCCCCCGAGGGGAGGCGAGCGACAGGACUGCGGGGCCGCGGAGGUGCGGCGAACAGCCAGGCCAGGAAAGGACGCCCGAGUCCGGUUUGAUGCUGGCGGCCCUUCCGCCCUUUAAACGCGGAUGCUGCAGCUGCAUUCAUAAGGGAUCGCUGUUUAUCCGAGACCACAUCGGACGCGGAAACGUCCCUUUAUUUCACAUUCAUCGCCGAUCGGCUUUCGACACCCGCACGAACGGACCGGGAGAGCCGAAGCGCGACAGGCGCGGCAGCAUCACUCCCUACCUGCGGCUCUCCAGCGCCUGACAGGCCCAGAGUCAUGGGCAACACGCCGGCCGCCAAACGGGGCAACGAAAUGGAAAGCGUCAAAGAGUUUCUGGCCUUCGCCAAAGAAGAUUUCCUCAGGAAAUGGGAGAAUCCUGCACAGAACACCGCCUGCCUGGAGGACUUCGACCGGUUGAAAACUCUGGGCACUGGUUCAUUCGGCCGCGUGAUGCUGGUCAGACACCGAGAGACAGGACAGCACUACGCCAUGAAGAUCCUCAACAAACAGAAGGUGGUGAAGCUGAAGCAGAUUGAACACACUCUGAAUGAGAAGCGGAUACUGCAGGCCGUCAGCUUCCCCUUCUUAGUGCGACUGGAGUACUCCUUCAAGGACAACACCAAUCUCUACAUGGUGAUGCAGUACGUUCAGGGAGGAGAGAUGUUUUCACACCUGCGCAGAAUCGGCAGAUUCAGUGAACCUCACGCGCGCUUCUAUGCUUCACAAAUAGUUUUGACCUUUGAAUAUCUGCAUGCCCUUGACCUGAUCUACAGAGACCUUAAACCAGAAAACCUCCUCAUCGAUCAGCAGGGCUACAUCCAGGUCACAGACUUUGGUUUCGCCAAGCGGGUCAAGGGCCGCACGUGGACAUUGUGUGGGACCCCAGAGUAUCUGGCUCCAGAGAUCAUCCUCAGCAAGGGUUAUAAUAAGGCUGUGGACUGGUGGGCUCUGGGGGUGCUGAUGUACGAGAUGGCAGCUGGUUAUCCUCCGUUUUUCGCAGAUCAACCCAUUCAGAUCUACGAAAAGAUUGUCUCAGGAAAGGUACGAUUCCCGUCGCACUUCAGCUCGGACCUGAAGGACCUGUUGAGGAACCUGCUGCAGGUGGAUCUCACCAAGCGCUACGGAAACCUCAAGAACGGAGUCAACGAUAUUAAAGGACACAAGUGGUUCUCUACCACUGACUGGAUCGCCAUUUACCAGCGGAGGGUGGAGGCCCCGUUUGUGCCUAAAUGCAGAGGUCCCGGGGACACCAGCAACUUUGAUGACUAUGAGGAGGAAGAGAUCCGCGUGUCGUUCACCGAGAAGUGUGCGAAAGAAUUCGCCGAGUUCUAGAGGAAGAAAUGAUAGAAAUCAGAGAGAGAAAGAGAGAGAGAAAAAGUGCAUGAAUCUUAAAACCGAUCCUUCCUCCUGUUAAACAGCAGAGAAACCAGCGGAAGAGUGCAGAGAAGACCUCCAGGGAUAAACAGUGAGGCCUUUAUCAUCUCCUCUAUUUUAAUCACGUUUGUAAUUUUCUCUCUUUUAUUUUUUAUUAUGAUUAUUUCUUUUGGUUUUUAAAUCUCUGUUCAUGUGAUAUUAAUCAUGAUGGAUUUGAUAGGGUGUAAUUGUUGGCCUGUGGACUGGGAUUGUUGUUGCCGCACAAAGACAGAUUAGUUCAUGUCUGUUCAGAGAUACCGCUGAUCUUGAGCAGUCACCGCAGUUAAGGUCACCAUAAACAACCAUGCUGAAAAAUAUAAGAAAAAACGAUGACAAAAAAACAUGUAUUCCUGUGUAAUAACCGAAAUAUUUUUUGGUCCUGUAAACUGUCAUGUGUUUCUUUAUUCUAAAAAAUGCACUGAAGGGACGACAAAGUGGAAAAUGGCAUAGAAAUGAAGCCAUGAUUUCAUAAUAAGAGCACCUCUUUGUUUUUAAUUUCAGCAGUAGGUCCACAGCGCUCUGUAAAAUAUUCACUGACGAACUUUGAACUUACGAAAUGUGCCAUGAAAUCCUUCGAGUGUCAAUAUUUUGACUCAUCGGUUGUGUCGUUGAAUAUAGGCUGCGACGAGUCGGACUGGCAGCCUUUUACUGCGUCAAGCCUUCGUGCAGAGGAGGGGAUGAAUGUUUCCGUUUGGUUCGUUUAGUAUUGUUAAUACUAUAAUUGUUACGGUUGUCAUUGGGUUCCACAUUUAUAGCGACACACGACGAGAUCGCACACACUUUGUGCGCGAUUGAGGCGGCGAGGCCUUGCGGGGGCGACGCUCUCCGCAUGGCUCUCUCUCCGUUUUCGCCAUUUCUUCCCCCUUUAUUCUUCCAUUUCUGCAUUUUUAAAUAGGCAAAGUCUUCUCUCUGAAUGGGUGCAGUGCAUCUGGCUCCUUUUUGGGUGAGAAUUUCUUACACGCAACUCUCUAGGCUACAAAUACCUCCUGAGCUGGAGGCGAACUCAGUGGAUACCAGUGCUUACUCCUGAGGACAUGGUUCAAGUUAAUUGUGAUAUUUUGCACCACAAGAAUCAUUCCAAUAAAGUAUUACUAUAAAUACCAAA